GAUGAGGUGAAUUUGCGGCUAAGAGAUUCAGCAAAGCAACGUAACCAUUCAGUUUAGGAUUUGUCAAUGGCACAACAUCCUGCCUCUCCUAGAUUCUCCAUCCUACAAUAUCUACCAACUAGCCCUUGCAAUGAAAACACCAUCUCCAUCUACCUAUCUACGAAACUUCGAACAAAAUGUUCGGUGCAUUCCGUUUAAUUUUCAUUUCCGCUCUAGUUUCGUGCUGCUACUCGUGCACAUUUACCAUAACAAACAACUGUCCCCAUACAAUAUGGCCUGGUACACUAGCCGGUUCAGCUUCCCCACAACUUGCGACAACUGGAUUUCUAUUAGACCCCGGCCAGAGCUUGCAGAUUCCGACUCUUCCAGGAUGGUCAGGGCGGAUAUGGGCGAGAACAGGUUGCAUAUUCGAUGAGUCUGGAACUGGCUCUUGCCAAACUGGGGAUUGUGGGGGGAAACUGGAAUGUAACGGAAUGGGAGCCACACCGCCGGCGUCUCUGUUUGAGAUAACACUUGGUUCUGGCGAUAAGAAGGAUUUUUAUGAUGUGAGCAUUGUAGAUGGUUAUAAUUUGCCUCUAGUUGCUGCACCUCGUGGAGUUGAUGGUGCUUGUAAUGCCACAGGAUGCAUUUCAGAUAUAAACACGGGUUGCCCCAAGGAACUCCAAGUGGUAGGUGGAGACGGUGAGGGAGGAGGAGGAGUGGUUGCAUGUAAGAGUGCAUGCGAAGCAUUCGGACUGCAACAAUACUGUUGCAGCGGAGAGUUCGCCAAUCCGACGACUUGCCGUCCAUCCUUCUAUUCAACAAUUUUCAAGACAGCUUGCCCAAGGGCUUACAGCUAUGCAUUUGAUGAUGGCACUAGCACUUUCACAUGCAACGCCCAUGAUUAUGCUAUCAUUUUCUGCCCUAAUUCUAUGGGGAUUGGGAUAUCUGAUGGUACAUACCCUGCGGAAGUAGUCCACAAGCCCAGUAACCGGCAGGCUGUAAAGAUGGCUUCUUCAUCGAACAUCCUCCUACCGAUUCCAAUGUCGAUUCUACUCAUCCUGAAUCUACUCCUGCUUACAUAAUUAUCGUCAUAACAGAAUUGUUAGCAUGAAGCACUCUGCAGAUCAGAUCCUUAAUAGAAUGAAUCUAACAAGUUUAAGUCGACAUACCUUGCAAUAUAAAUGGCGAAAAACAAUAUCCCAGCGCAUUACAUGUCAUGUUUCAGUAGCCAUUGUAUCUCACUUUUCACAUAUUUCUAAUAGGGUUGAUUGUAGUUCA